GAAUGAGUAUUAGAUAAUUACCAAGUUUUCGGGGGCUAAUAUUGGUUAAAAUCAGUCUCAAAUAUGAGAUAUCACCUAUAAAAAGGUGGUGGUGACAGUUUCUCAAUCAGUCUAGUUUGGUCUUUGACAAGUUAUCACUAACAGACAAAAAUGUACAACAAAAUUAUUAUAGUAUUGACGUCAGUUGUAGCGAUUACAGUUGGAGUUGAGCAGUCUUAUCAAUCAGCUACAUCGUUUGCAUCAUUCAAUGAUAAUCACAACACUGUGCACCAUAUUCAUUCUGACCCAGCUUCAGUAAAAGUGCCUACCCAGUACUCUGCUCCACUACACACAGUACCAUCAUAUAGUGGUUCUUCUCAUGCAUCUCUGUAUUCAGCUCCACAAAUUUCGUCAUCUGCUCAUCAGCAAACUCCAUCUUCAACACAUCACUCUCAGCAGUCUGUACAUGGGGUUCCUGCUGAUAGUUAUUCUGCUAACAUCGUUGCCCAAACGACUUUUUCCAAAGGACACGAAGAAGAAUAUGCCCACCCAAAAUAUGAAUUCGCUUAUGGGGUAGAAGACCACCACACUGGUGAUAUCCACUCCCACAAAGAAUCCAGGGAUGGUGACAUCACUCACGGAGAGUACUCUCUUCAUGAAGCUGACGGUACCAUCAGAACUGUCAAGUAUACAGUUGAGAAACAUAGUGGAUUCAAUGCUGUUGUCGAGAAGUCUGGCCACCCUACGGAACAGUUGGUAAAGAAGGUCAUUUUAGACCAAUAUCAUCACUGAUACUUUUGUUUUCAUGAAUUUCAAAUUAUUGUUAUGCCAUCAUCAUUAUGUUCUCCAUGUUAUUGUUAAUUAAUAAACUGUUACAAUAUU